AUGAAACCGAAUUAUUAUGGAUACUUUGCCGUACGUACAUAUAUCUGCUGUUUGGAUGAAUCGGGGAAGAAUCUCUUGCGCCAACAACAAAUUCGAAUUCCAACCCAACCAUCCCCACCAUUAUUUGAUUACCCUUCGUUCUUAUUGACAUUUAUCUAUUGCAAUUUCGCGAUUGCGUUAGAAGAUUUCGUUACCGGAACCGAAAUCGAUUUUUUAUAUAUGAACGAAAAAAGAUGUGCCAUAUCCAGCGUAAUCGUCAACAUGAUCUUUUCUCGAUCUCGAGGUAUCAGAAUAUUUGAUUUUUACCGGACUCAUUUAUCAAGACAGAUCAUCCUUACAUUAGACCAUUCAUUAUCGUUACUCGGAGGAAAAAGAGAAGAGGGAGAAGGGUCAAAUCAUUCCUUGAUUAAAAAUUCAUUGAAUAAGAUACAAUCAUUUAGGUUUAAUGGAAGUUGUAUCAUGGAUGAAAUUUAUUCGAUUACAUGGCCAAAUUUCCUUAAUACCAUCUCAUCAUCCGCAACGAAUAUCAAACAUUUAUCUUUCCGUUUAAAUAAUACAGCAUUUAGCGUGCAAACGAUAUAUAAUUCAAUAGCGAACCUAGUUGGAUCUCAAAGGGCUUUAAAAAGUUUUGAGAUAAACGAAAUUUGGAUCCCUCGACAUGAUAAGGUGAUCUUUAAUUCAUUAAGUAAGCAGGCGGGUUCUUUAAGUCAUAUUAGAUUAUUUGGUAGGGUUACAUUAAGUCGUUUAAUGGAAGUUUUAGUUGUUUGUAAAAAUUUAAACGCGUUAGAAGUUGAAGAAUUCCAUAAAAAUGACCACGUGCCCAUCUUAAAAUAUAGGAAUGCAAACAUUUCUAUAAAGAAACUUUGUUAUUUGCAAAACCAACCGGCAAGUUUGACCGUUAACACUCAUAAUGACUAUGGAAUUUCCUUUCUGUUACAAAUGAUUUCGAAUAAUUUGGAAACUUUUUCCUGUAAAUAUUUUUGUCCCGAAUACUUUAUCAAUUUAAAAAAGUACUCGGUGAACUUGACUCAUUUGCGAAUCAUCAUUAAAUCUCAGACCAUAUCAAGGUUUAGUAAAGUAUUGUCUGUGAUGACUUCUCUUAAGCAAUUGUAUGUAGAAUCUCCUAAAGAGGAGUAUUGUUUAUUCACGACGGACGUUAUCCGUCAAUUGGCUUAUUCAUUGCCUUGUUCCUUACAACAUUUAUCCAUUAACCUCUCCAUCACUAUGGAGUUACUUAAGACUUUCUUGGGUGCUUGCUCAAUUCAAUUGGCGUCGUUUGAAUUAUUCUUUAUCUUUGAUCCUCAUAAAAAAUAUUCAUUGUUCAUCAUGGAAUAUUACGAUAGAGUUGGCAGUUUACAAUUUAUAAAAUUGAGCAGGUAUCUUUUAGAAAAAUAUCAUUUUAAUUUACAUUAUAAAAAGAAACUUUCCUAUAAGGUAAUUGAAUCUCUACCAAUUUGGAUUCAAGAUCAGUUUUAA